AAAACCCUCGACUAGGGGGGAGAGGGGUAGAGGAGAGCGAUAAAAUAGAAGACGAAGAAGAAGAAGCAAGGUUUCGAAAGGAAGGCAGGUUUGGCGGGACCGUACAUUUCUAGGGUUUGGUCUCAUUCUCUCUCCUUCAUCGCCCGUUAUCCCCAAUGGCGAAACCCGGCAGGGCUCGCCCGUCGACUCCGUCCAACUCCAACUCCGGCUCCUCUUCCUUCUCCGGUUCCUCCUCCGGCUCUCGGUCGCGCUCUCGCUCCCGGUCGCGGUCCCGCUCGAAGUCGUUCUCAUCGUCCUCGCCUUCACCCAGCGACAGCUCGAGGAGCCGCAGCCCCGUCCCGCCGAAGAGGAGCAGUCCAGUUGGAGCAGGCAGGCGAGGACGCUCUCCACCUCCCCCACCCAAACGAGCAUCACCUGCUCGUAAGGUGUCUCCGGUUCUUGAGUCAGUGGUUCUGCAUAUCGAUCAACUGACAAGAAAUGUGAAUGAAGCUCAUCUGAAGGAAAUCUUUAGUAACUUUGGGGAGGUUGUCAAUGUGGAAUUGGCAAUGGAUCGUAGUGUUCAGUUGCCACGGGGCUAUGGUUAUGUUGAAUUUAAAGCAAGACCUGAUGCUGAGAAAGCCCUCCUGUACAUGGAUGGAGGCCAAAUUGAUGGUAACAUUGUCCGUGUACGCUUUACACUGCCUCAACGCCAAAAAGUUUCUUCUCCACCAAAAGUUGCACCCCCACCUCCUAAGAGGGAGCCUCCACCGAAGGAUGCAAAUGCUGCAGAUAUUGAAAGAGAUGCACCACAGAGGCCAAGGGAUUCAUCCCCUCGAAGAAGACCACUAUCUCCACCACGUAAAAAGUCUCCACUUCGAAGAGGUGAUUCCCCACCAAGACGGCGCCCUGAUUCUCCACCACGACGCCGGGCUGAUUCUCCUCCACGGCGCCGAAUGGAGUCUCCACCUUAUCGACGUGGUGAAUCACCACCACUCAGAAGGAGACUUGCUUCACCGGCAAGAAGGCGUUCUCCUUCUCCCGCUCAUAGAAGGCAGCGAUCUCCCCCACCAAGGGUGUCUCCAAGAAGGGCACGUGGUAGCCCAGUUGCCCGUAGACGUUCUCCAUUGCCACCGAGGCGCCGUUCACCCCCUAGGCGAGCUCGAAGUCCUCCAAGGAGAUCACCUGUUGGUCGUCGCCGCAGCCGCUCUCCUAUUCGCAGGCCUGCACGUUCCCGCUCGAGAUCAUCUUCCCUUCCGCGCAGAGGCAGGCCAGGACCUCCUAGACGUGCAAGGUCCACCUCAUCCUCUUCUAGAUCUCCAAGCCCACGCAAGGGAAGCAGAAGGAUAUCAAGAAGUCGAAGCCCUAAAAGAUCGGCCAGAGGCAAGAGCAGUAGCAACAGCAGCAGCAGUGGCUCCCCGUCCCCUAAGCCCAAUUAGACAUGGAUCUGUGGCCCCCACAGGUAUGAUCUCUCUCCUCUCUGUCUCUGUCUCUCUCUUUCACACACACACAUAUAUAUCAGAACCUUCGCUGUGGGUGUGCCUUGGAAGUUCUUCGGGCAUAAAAGGGUGCGAGGAAUGUUUAUCAUACUGAUGUCCUUGUUAUGUAACGAGUUCUGGUGAAAUUUCUUCUGAAAGCUUCUUGACAACCUUGAGAAUGAUUUGGGAGCA